AUGGACGACCUGGAAGAACUCGAGCUGCUGGGACUGGUGACGAAGGUGACGAGCGAAAUCAACAAUUAUAUGGGCAUCAGCGACAAGACAAUUGCCGAAUUUGUCAUUUCGCAGCACGGAGACGAUGUCGACGCCUUCAAAUCGAAACUGGCCGAAUUCGAUUUCCCCGCGAGUUUGACGGAGAGUAUCGAUCGCCUGAUCAGAGCUUUGCAUCCUGCGUGGAAAGCAAAGGCUGCGCAGAAGAGCAGUGAAGGGCAGAAUGGAGGGGAUAAAAGUCAGAAGUUCCGCGGAUUGGCCAUUCCCGACAAGGAGAUUGAGGUGGAGGAGGAUGCGCUGGACGAUACCUUUGCGCUGCUGGAGGGGUUGGCAGAUCCGGCGAAGAAUGGAGCGCAGACUUCUUCCAAACGCCCCAUUUCGCCUGUGAGGAAUGAAAGCAGUCGGAAAAGAUCCAGACGGUCGAGAUCGCGAACGAGAAGUCCGAAGAGGAAUAAUGAUGACUACUUGUUUGAGGAUGAAUAUGGAAGGACGCGUGCACACRAGGCUUCGGACACGCGAUCGAGAAAGAGUCGUAGGGAUUCCUUUGAUCGGAAACCCCCGGCGACGAUGGAUGACACGCCGGUUCUCUACAAAAUCUACGAUGGAAGAGUGACGGGUGUCAAGGACUUUGGCGUGUUUGUCAAUCUGCAGGGAGUCAAGGGCAAAGUGGAUGGGUUGGUGCAUGUUUCUGCCAUGGCGGAGGGAAAGGUCAACCAUCCUAGUGACUUGGUGUCGAGGAAUCAAGAAGUCAAGGUCAAGGUGAUGAAGAUGGACAACAACCGCAUCAGUCUGAGCAUGGCCGAGGUGGACCAACGGACUGGACAGGAUCUGCAACCAUCGAGGAGGAUCAAUACAGGCGCCACGGGAGCGAAUGCUAUGGGACUGAAUGGCGUAUCCAUGGGCGGGGAUGUGCAGGUGCUUGACAAUACCCAGGGGAAUGGGAGGAGACCUCGGAAGCGUAUGACGAGUCCGGAGAGGUGGGAGAUUCGGCAGUUGAUUGCCAGUGGUGUCGUCAAGGCUUCGGAAUACCCUGACCUGGAUGAGGAGUACAACGCCAUCAUCAACGGAGAGCAAAUUGAGGAAGAGGAAGAUGUCGAUAUUGAAGUUCGUGAGGAGGAGCCGCCAUUCCUUGCCGGUCAGACGAAGCAGUCUUUGGAGCUCUCCCCGAUUCGGAUCAUCAAAGCUCCGGAUGGCAGUAUGAACAGAGCUGCCAUGCAGGGAGAUGUGCUCGCCAAGGAGAGGCGCGAUAUGCGACAGUCAGAGGCUCAAGAUAAGGCGGCCAAAGAAGCUGCAAAGACGGAUCUUGCUCAAGAAUGGAAUGAUCCCAUGRUCGCAAAGGGUGAUAGAAGAUUCGCCAGCGAUCUUCGACAGACGAAUAACAACCAAGCUGCAGAAAUGCCGGAAYGGAAGAAGAUUGCGACCAACAAGAGCGAGUUGGGAAAAAGGUCGAACAUGUCAAUCAAAGAGCAACGAGAGUCUCUUCCUGCCUACAAAAUGCGGAAGCAAUUCUUGGAAGCAGUUCGCCAAUAUCAACUUCUGAUCGUUGUGGGAGAUACUGGAUCGGGAAAGACGACGCAACUCACUCAAUACCUUGCUGAAGAUGGAUUCGCCAACAACGGCAUCAUCGGCUGUACACAACCUCGUCGUGUCGCGGCCAUGUCCGUCGCCGCUCGUGUGAGUGAUGAAGUCGGAUGCAGAUUGGGUGAGGAAGUUGGAUACACCAUCCGUUUUGAAGACAAGACUUCCGAAAGUACCAAGAUCAAGUACAUGACGGACGGUAUUAUGCAGCGUGAGAUUCUCCUCGAUCCGGAGCUCACUAAGUACAGCGUCAUCAUGUUGGACGAGGCUCACGAACGGACCAUCGCCACGGACGUGCUGUUUGGAUUAUUGAAGAAGACGCUCAAGAAGCGACCGGAUAUGAAGGUUAUUGUGACAUCCGCCACUCUGGAUGCUGAAAAGUUCUCAACUUACUUUAAUGAAUGUCCGAUCUUGACAAUCCCAGGAAGAACCUAUCCCGUGGAGAUCAUGUACAGUCGUGAGCCAGAAAGCGAUUACCUCGACUCUGCUCUCACAACAAUCAUGCAAAUCCACCUGUCCGAGGGACCUGGAGAUAUCCUUCUCUUCUUGACAGGAAAGGAAGAGAUUGACACCAGUUGUGAGAUUCUCCACGAGCGGAUGAAAGCGCUUGGUCCAUCAGUUCCCGAAUUGGUGGUCCUGCCAAUAUACGGUGCCCUCCCUUCUGAAAUCGCCUCGAAGAUCUUCGAACCCCCUCCACCAGGUGGCAGGAAAGUGGUCAUUGCAACAAAUAUUGCCGAAACAUCCAUCACCAUUGACGGAAUCUACUACGUCGUUGAUCCCGGAUUCGUCAAACAGACUGCGUACGAUGCGAAGCUCCAGAUGGAUCGCUUGCAAGUUACACCCAUCUCCCAAGCACAAGCCAAACAACGUGCUGGUCGAGCUGGCCGCACGGGGCCUGGAAAGUGCUUCAGAUUGUAUACAGAGUCUGCUUUCCAGUCUGAGAUGCUGCCUACUACGAUCCCGGAAAUCCAACGGCAGAAUUUGUCAAACACGAUCUUGAUGUUGAAAGCCAUGGGCAUUAAUGACCUUCUCGGAUUCGACUUUAUGGAUCCUCCGCCUACGAAUACCAUGCUUACAGCUUUGGAAGAACUCUACGCUCUCUCGGCGCUCGAUGAUGAAGGUCUUCUCACCCGGCUGGGCAGAAGAAUGGCAGACUUUCCCAUGGAUCCCGCUCUGGCCAAAUCAUUGAUUGUAUCUGUGGAUCUGGGAUGCUCAGACGAAAUGCUGAGUAUCGUGAGCAUGAUCUCCGCCGUACAAACCGUCUUCCACCGCCCGAAAGAAAAGCAACAGCAAGCCGACCAGAAGAAAGCUCGCUUCCACGACCCCGCCGGCGAUCACCUCACCAUGCUCAAUGUCUACAACGGGUGGAAAGGCAGCGGCAAAAACGACGCCUGGUGUUUUGAAAAUUUCAUCCAGCCUCGCAGCAUGCGCCGCGCCGAAGACGUCCGAGUCCAACUCCUCCAAAUCCUCGCUCGCCAUCGCUUGAACGUCAUCUCCUGCGGCCGCGACACCACACGCGUCCGACAAGCCCUCUGUGCCGGGUUCUUUCGCAAUUCCGCUCGUAAAGACCCCACGGAAGGCUACAAGACUCUGGUCGAAGGCACCCCCGUUUAUAUGCACCCGGCUUCGGCAUUAUUCGGCAAAGCUGCCGAGCAUGUCAUUUAUCAUAGUUUGGUGGAGACGAGUCGGGAGUAUAUGCAUAAUGUCACUGCUAUUGAGCCGAAAUGGUUGGUGGAGGCUGCUCCUACUUUCUUCAAGGUUGCGGGUGGGAAGGGAGGUGAGUUGAGUAAGAGGAAGAAGGCGGAGAGGAUUCAACCUUUGCAUAAUCGGUUUGCUGGGGAGGAUGAUUGGAGAUUGUCGGCGCAGAAGAGGGGAGGGAGGGGUGGUGGUGGGACUUGGGGGUAG